AUGGCACCCGACCUGCGACAGGAUUUCAACAUGAUGGAGCAGAGGAAGAGGGUCUCUAUGAUACUACAGAGCCCGGUCAGUACGAAAGACACUGUAGAUACUCACACAGUGUACAGAUCUAACAGCAUUCACUAGAUUUACAGCAGAUAGAUGCACACUGCUCAUACCAGUGUUAUAGACUCUGGAUAGACUGGGGAGCAGCUCUCUCAACGUCACAUGAUAGAUCCAGUUUAUUCCUCAUCAACAGAGUGUCUGUGACCGGCUGAAUUCUCGGCACAGAGAACAGCUCUGUGUUUAAAUGAUUCUCUCUAGAGCCUGAAGAAGUCUCAGUACUGUGCUGUUUGGAGGUUUGGUGUUGUUGAGCUCAGGUUGGUGCAGACAGAUGAUGUACUAAGGUGUUACUUUUUAUGAUUCUUUAGCGUACUCUGUUUUAAAUAUUCUCUUUAAACCAUCGUUCACAGGAGACACCAGAGACGGUGUGUGGUGUGAGUGUGUAUCUGCAUAGAAGUCCUCUUAUAAACUCGUAAAAAAACAUCCCUAAUGAAUCGCCGACUCUCCUCUGUUUACUGUCUGUCUACAACACAUAACAUUCGUGUUUUAAUGAGAUGCUAGAAGAAUGAACAAAACUGCAGUAUUUGCCGACCUGUGACCAAGGAGAGUUGGUGGUGAUGUAUCAACACACAUAAACACUUUUUAACACACACACAGCAGGUUAGAGGAAGCGCAACUUCAACUUCAAAUGAAGCAAGUCCAGCUCCUUCCUGCACAUCUGUUCAGAGGUGUGGACACAAAGAUGUUCAGAGUGUAACCGCUCUGAAACCGCCAGAAACCAGCACCUCGUUUUACAGUCUGACCUCAUUAUUUAGUUUUCUCUCCUCGAUGUUGAUUGACAACCUCUCUCUCUUUUUCACUGCAGCUGUUGGUUCAUGAUAUGAAUGCAGAUCUUGUUUCGCAUAGGCAUCAGUAGGACUGGGCGAUUUGGCCAAAAAGAUGAUCACGAUAUACCAUGUCAUAUUGUCCGAUCUCGAUUAUUAUCCCGAUUUUUUAAAUUGCCAGUUUUAUCUGUACUUAAAACUAAAUGAUAAAUAGAUAAAUACUAAAUAACUUUUCUUCUCAACAAUAACAUCUUCGGAGGAUGACUCAAAGUCAUGGCUGACAUCUAUUUUACUGCCCUCAGCUCCAUGUUCGGUUACUGUGUUUACUUCUCCGGCAACUUACAGAAGUGAGCAGGAAAAGCUCGACUCUGAUUGGCUGUUGUGACGCACAUUUUCGCAAUGUUUGAUCAGUAAAUAAGCUCACAGCUGAUCACCGUGAUCGAACUGAAAUUUAUCACGAUCAUGAAUCACGAUCAUAUAAUCGCCCAGUCCUAGGCAUCAGUGCUUUUCGAUAUUAUGGAACAAACACAUGGUUAGGGCCGGGCGAUAAACCAAAAAUUUACCAAAACCAAAAUUUACGAUGUCAAAUUAACCGACGUCAUUUUGCCCAUAUCGGUAUAUUCAGUGUCAAAAAUAUAAAUAAAUAAAAGUUGGUUUUGGAUGUGUGUAGGUAGGCUAUGGUCUCAUGUCCCUUUUAAGAUACUGUUCUACAUCAGAGAUGUGACUCCACCCCAUUCAGUUCAUAACGAAGAGCGAAAGACAGGUGAGGAGAUGGAGGACGGUUCAAAAGUUGUAGUGGCUGAAGUAGAUGAAGUUCAUGUGUGAGCAGCUUGUAGUUGAUCAUUAUUGAGGUGAACUGCUCAAUAUAUCGUGAUAUUGAUUUAAGGCCAUAUCGCCCAGCCCUAUACAUGGUACCAAAAAUUUUGAGUGCUUGUUUCAAAAACCACCUCAGCAUCUCAACUUUUGUGUUUGUGUAUUUUUUUUUUAAUGGACAGGCGUUCUGCGACGAGCUGGAGACGAUGAUCCAGGAUCAGCUGAAGAAGGGGAAGACACCCACCAGCCUGUUGGCCCUGCAGCAGAUCGCAGACUUCAUGACCACUAGCAUGCCUUCAAUGUAUCCAGCUGCACCACAAGGAGGCAUGGCGGCGCUCAACAUGAGUAAGCAGGAUGAAAGUGUGCCUUGUUUUUAUAAAGAAUUGCCCGAGUCGUUUAUUUCUCAGCUUUUAUCCUGUAUCAUUUUCCUCUCAGGCUUGGGUAUGGUGACUCCGGUGAACGACCUGCGCGGCUCAGACUCUAUUUCAUAUGAUAAGGGCGAGAAACUGCUCCGCUGCAAGCUGGCCGCCUUUUAUCGGCUCACCGACCUGUUCGGCUGGUCGGAGCUUAUCUACAACCACCUCACAGUAAGACAGGCUUUUUUUCUUUAUGAUGCAAUCAAGUAUGUGAGCUAAAUUUGUCCUCCGGCUUUAACAGAGUCUAAUUUCAAAUAAGACUUUAAGUGUAUUGACUUUGUUCUCUGCGAGCUAAAAAGGGGCACCAAAGAGUUUGGAGUUUCGGCUCAAAGAUUAGCUGAGAGGGAGACGUGCUUUUGUGUGGGAGACACUUACUGCAGCCCAACCUGCUGAUUUGGAUUUUAGCUCUAAAUGUAAACAAAACAAGCAAAUGCAAAAGAAGAAAGCGAAGCUGUAACACGUUGUACUUCGUCUCGAACAACGCCUCUGAGGGUUUAAUGAAGGGUACAGUUUUGCUGAUGUUAUCCAGAGGGUGUUCAGACAGUAAAACUGUUGGAAAAUGCUGUACGUAUUUAGAGCAUGUCUCCGAAGAACAAAUAAGCCCCGAGGUCUUUAGUGCUGUAUGUAUGUAUGUAAUGUGUACAGCUCUGUGUGAGUAGUCAAUCUGCUUUUGAAGGGGUUAAAAAUAGUCCUUGAGAAUGAGCUUUGUCUGUUUUUAUUAAGAUGAACAGUAAAGGUGUUAAUGAACGUAACUGUCAGGAAACAUGAAAAAGAGGAUCUCUAAAAUCCAUCUCAGUUUAGCGAUUUAAGUUCAUAAAAGCACUGUGACUGUCUUCUGUUUUUAGGUCCGGGUGAACUCAGACCAGGAGCGCUUCCUUAUCGUCCCCUUUGGGCUCCUGUACAGUGAGGUCACUGCUUCCAGUCUGGUGAGAUUCUGCACUGAUAUCUACUCAAACCGCACGCUUCUUAACUUCCUCUUUUUGUGUUUUUAUCGCACUGAAGCUCUUUAAGUAAACCGUCUCUGUCUGCCUUUGCCUUCAGGUGAAGAUAAACGUUCAGGGUGAGAUCGUGGACCGGGGCAGCACCAAUCUCGGGGUCAACCAGGCGGGCUUCACUCUGCACUCUGCCAUCUACGCUGCACGGCCUGAUGUGAAGUGUGUUGUACAUAUUCACACAGCUGCAGGUGCCUGCAGUAAGUAA